UCUAUACAAGCAGCCUCCCCCCAGUCGCACCUUCCGACUCCCCUUGCCAAAGGCUUGCUGGCUUCGCUUUUGGUCUCUACCACCACCACCGUACAUCACUAACCACUGCCACCACUGGCAGCAAUUCGCGAUCGACGGCACAUUCUUGUCAACGUUUGCCCGGGACUCUUUCGAUAGUAGCUCUCCUGCCUCCGUCUGUCAAGAACCCUCUUCAGAUACUCUCUAGCUCGUUCGGCAUUCCGUCGAGCUCAAACAUCAAUCCACAAUCAUGGAUCCUUCUUCUCUCACCUCCCAUCCGUCCACCGCCGCUCAGGCCAAGACGUUCGUCGGACCUGGUUCUCUGUCCUACCCCAACAGCGGAGACCUGACCCCGCCGACGUCCGAGAAGAGCGCGCAGCCUGACGGCAGCAAUGCAAACGGCGUUGCGACCCCAGCGGCUACACCCGAUACACAGAACGGCCAAGUGCCUUCUGGAAUCGUGCCCACCCUCCAGAACAUCGUCGCCACAGUCAACCUCUCCGCUCGCCUAGACCUCAAGACGAUCGCUUUACACGCGCGUAAUGCUGAGUACAACCCCAAGCGUUUCGCUGCGGUUAUCAUGCGUAUUCGUGAGCCCAAGACAACGGCUCUGGUCUUCGCGAGUGGAAAGAUGGUCGUCACCGGUGCCAAGUCUGAAGACGACAGCCGUCUCGCUUCCCGCAAAUACGCGCGGAUUAUCCAGAAGCUGGGGUUCAACGCAAAGUUCACUGACUUUAAGAUCCAGAACAUCGUUGGCUCCUGCGACAUCAAGUUCCCCAUUCGUUUGGAGGGUCUUGCAUCUCGCCACCACACUUUCUCGUCCUAUGAACCUGAGCUCUUCCCCGGUCUCAUCUACCGCAUGAUGAAGCCCAAGAUCGUCCUGCUUAUCUUCGUCUCCGGCAAGAUCGUCUUGACUGGUGCGAAGGUUCGUGAAGAGAUCUACCAGGCUUUCGAGCUUAUCUACCCCGUCUUGUCGGAUUUCCGCAAGUCCUAA